AUCAAGAAAAAUAAUGCCACAGUUUAUGGUGAUCCAUUCAAUACCAGUCAUGGUGUGUGAUGUUGAUCUAAUAGACACCAGUUGUUAUUGUCUAUGCUACAGUGCUACAAGCUGUCAUGUGAAGUGUUACGCAGUAGGAUACUGUAGAACAUUAAUGAAGGACAAAUGUAAUUUACAGAAAGUGAUACUCUUCCACAUUUAAAAUUUAGGAUCAAUUUAUUCCUAAAGUGGUGUGUUUGUGCUUAGUUCAUUUUGUUAGGAUUUGAAUAUGAUAUUUGAGUUUAUUCCCAACUGUUGACAUUCCACAGCAGAAAUGUUUCUACAAUCUACAGUCUCAAUAACUCAUUUGCACACAAAUAAUGCAGCAUUCACCGAAUUGCUUGCAAAGUAUACAGCUAUAAAUUUGUGAUUUAGGUUGCAUACAGUAUGUGUAAUAUAGUAUAUGGUGUUAAAUGUCUACCAACAUACACAGUAAAGAGAAUUACUCAGAUUAACAGAAUGCCAGACAUCCACAGGAAAGUCAACAACAUCAAUUUUAGGAGAACUGUCAAAGACCAUUAAAAAAGCUUGCAAUAAAAGUGUAGAAGGAGCAUGCUCAUAUAGUCCUACAAAUUGCUACUCUCUUAAUGUCCACUGACCGUUCCUCCUGAGUCCCCUCUCAACUACUCUUUCUCAGUGGUUUAUGAUAAAGCAGGGGACCCUUUGAAUUAGGUCAGUGUCCACCUCAAGAUAAUUUAUAGAUUUUGUGCCACAACUUGAUCCUCCGCAUGCAUUAUAUGGACAUGCAGACUGUUUAAUGUCUGCCAGAGACAUGAUCCAUUUUAAAGGGAUAGUUCACUAAAAAAAAUUAAAUUCUUUGAAAUUAAAAACCUUAUUUACUCCCCUUCAUGUUGUUCUAAACUUAAGACUUGACCUCUGUGGUACACAAAAGGAGAUGUUAGGCAGAACGUUAGUCUCAGUCACCAUUCAUUUUAAUUGCAUCUUUUUUUUUUUCAUCAAUGAAAGCGUGAAUCAGGCUAGCAUUCUGCUAAAUAUUUACUUUUGUGUUCCUCAAAAGGAAGAAAGUCAUGGGUUUGUUUGGAACAACAUGAUGGUCAGUAAAUGAUUUACAUUUUUGGUUGAACUAUCCAUUUAACAGAGAUAGCAUAUUAUUGUUGACCUCAAGGGCUGGUGCAAAAUAGUGUUACUAAAAAUAAUUAAUUUGAUAAAAAGGAAUUUACAGGUUGAGACUUUGUUAUUCUGGUGUGCACUCUUGGCCAACAUUUCUCUUGAAUUAUAGGUUGUAACUUAGUAACGUGUUUCAUGUUUCCCACUUUGUCUAACAUUACAAAGACCAACAGAAACCCUGAAAAAGUGAAGGAAAAUCAUGAUGAAGCCUAUUAAAUUUAAGAAAGUACUAGAAGUCAAUUCAAAGGCAUAGUUCACCCAAAAAUUAAAACCUGUCAUAAUUUACACAUUCUCGUGUUGUUCCAAGCUCUUAUGACUUUCUGUCUUCCAUGAAACACAAAAGGCGAUAUUUGGGGCAAUGUGGUUCUUUGUCACCAUUUACUUUUAUGGCAUACUUCUUUCAUACAAUGAAAGUGAAUGGAGACUGAGGCUUUUUUUUUUUUUUGCCCUCUUUUAGUGCAAACUUAUGAAGUCAUGCAUGUGUUAGUUGGGUGUGUUUUUCUUGAAGUUUUACAUUGUCUUAAAUAUUUAUUAAUAUUAGAAGAAAAAGUUUUUAUAAUGUUUUAUGGUGGUCUACGUGAAGUAAACUCUGUUUUCUGAUAUCUGAAAUCACGGGCCAAAUAGUCAGAUCUUAAUAUUUUAAUAUAAUGGCUUAAACCUUUAAUGAAGCAAAAUUCCUUCUAUUUCAUAUGUAUACAAAGAGAGAGACAGAAUACAUGUAAUAGCUACAUUGGCUACUAUUUUCUUUUUUUUUCUUUCUUUUUUUUUUUUUUACACGUACUACAGUCCCCACAAAGUGAUGAGGCAGUGUGUUAGCAUUUCAGGAAUUGUGUUAUAACAAAGACAUGACCUACAACCACCAGACGUUUAUCUUUGGACAGAUAAACUAUCUUGUGAAUGGCUAGGCGGUAAAUACUCCUAUUUGUAUCCAUGAAGCUACAUGUGAGGGGGGGGUAAGGAAAGGAGGGAGAAUGGCAGGUUUAGUUGAGAACCCAACAAUUCGAUCCCAUUGAUGUGUUUCAAGAAGCAGUGGUACUGUAACUCAAGACAAAUACCAUGUCAGACUUUGUGGAACUAUUCUAAGCAUCAAUUGCUGACACCAAACCUGGGGGGCUGGGAGGUGGCACACCAAGCGGCUUAACAAGACCCACCCACAGGAACCGCCAGUCACUAAGAAGACCGCUUGACUUGCUCCGAUUCACCGCUGUGAAAUAUCUGGCUGUUUUUAGACUUGCUCACAUGAUGUCCAAACCUUUGCAGUAGCUCAGUGAAUAUUUCCAGAUGUUCCCUUUUCUUAAGGGUAGUUCAUAGUUGUGUUGCUUAAGCCUCUUGACAGAGUGUGUAUGUGAAGGUAAAUAGCAGUUAUCUUAGUAAGAAGAUCGGCGAUAAGCGUCUUUUCUGACCUUGGAUCUUUUUAGAGGCUGAAGUUGAAUUUCAGCAGGGACACAUGGUCCAGAGUGACAUGGCCAUCUGCUGUAGCGCCAGCACUGCAAUGGGAGGGAGGAGAGAGAUGAAGGGGUGGUUUGUAGGGUACAGAGAAUUCCUCCCUCUCGGGUGUGGAGGGAGUAGAUAUUCUGGGAGAUCAUUGCCAGCACCUUGGAUUGGAACUUAUUUCUUUAGUGUCGCAUAUUUCCUUGAACUCUCUUUACCAGCUUUCAGAGGGGAUUGUGCUUGGGUUUUUAAGAUAUUAUGAUUUUGUGAUUCUCAUAAUUUUUUUUGAAGUUCUCCCAAUGUGAAUAAUGAUCUUGACUCUGAAGCCCUUGCAUGCUGUGCAAAGUUGAAGUUUGUUCAGCAUCUCUUUGCACCUAAAGCUGAGAGUUGUGGAUUAGAGAAGGAAGCAAGUGGGCCGAGCUCUGGGGUGGAUUGUCGUUAACACGUCUUCUCUUUUGGUGUGUUAACGUGCAAUUACAUAAUUGUACACUUGCGCUUCCCCGGAGGUCCGAAGAGCCAGACGGAUGAUUAUUUUUAUGAGGGACUUUGUCGCAGAAAUGGGUCAGGACCAAACCAAACAGCAGAUUGAGAAGGGAUUGAGGCUGUACCAGUCUAAUGAUACAGAAAAGGCUUUAUACAUCUGGAUGAAAGUGUUAAGGAAGACAUCUGAUCCUGGGGGGAAGUUUCGAGUCUUAGGGUGUCUGAUCACAGCAAAUUCAGAAAUGGGGAAAUACAAAGAGAUGCUACAGUACUCUUUAGCUCAGAUAAACACAGCCAGAGAGAUGGAAGACCCGGACUACUUAACAGAGGGCUAUCUAAACUUGGCACGCAGCAACGAGAAGCUUUGUGAAUUCCAAAAAACUGUCUCGUAUUGUGAGACCUGCUUAAACAUGCAGGGCACCACUGUUAGCCUACAGCUCAAUGGGCAAGUGUGUUUGAGCAUGGGCAAUGCCUAUCUGGGCCUUAGCGUCUUACAAAAGGCCUUGGUGAGCUAUGAGAAGGCCCUGCGUUAUGCUCACAACAAUGACGACAAGAUGCUAGAGUGCAGGAUUUGUUGCAGUUUGGGCAGCUUCUACAUCCAGCUUAAGGAUUAUGAGAAAGCACUCUUCUUUCCUUGCAAAGCAGCUGAACUUGUAAAUGACUAUGGUAAGGGGUGGAGUCUAAAGUACCGUGCCAUGAGCCAGUACCACAUGUCGGUGGCCUUCAGGAAGCUGAUGCGCUUGCCAGAUGCAAUGGAAUGCUGUGAGGAAUCAAUGAAGAUUGCGUUGCAGCAUGGGGAUCGGCCUCUUCAGGCAUUGUGUCUGCUUAACUUUGCUGAUAUCCAUCGCUGUCAAAAAGAUGUUGAUAAAGCAUUCCCUCGAUAUGAUUCCUCCAUGUGUAUAAUGUCAGAGAUUGGCAACCGACUUGGACAAGCAUCCAUCUAUGUAGGAGUGGGGAAGUGCUGGAUUUUACAGAAGGAAUAUGAUAAGGCUCUGGACUCACUGCAACGAGCACAUGAUCUGGCAGAGGCAAUUGGAAAUAAGCUGUGUAUUCUGAAGGUGCACAGCCUGUGUGAAGGUAUCUACCGAUGUAAGGAGCAGCAUGACGAGUUGAGAGAGCAAGUGGUGAAGUUCCUGCAGUGUGUGGAAGAGCUGGAGCUAUACUGUGGCAUGUGCGGGGAGUCCAUCGGAGAGAAGAACCAGCAGCUGCAGGCCUUGCCCUGCUCUCACAUUUUCCACCUCAAGUGUCUACAGACAAAUGGCACAAAGGGUUGCCCGAAAUGUCAUCGCUCAUCUGUGAAGCUGGGUUUUGUAUGAGGUUUACCAUCCUGCUUUGGACAAACUGGCUGAAUCCCAUCACAGUGACCCAUCCGGGAGCAAAAGAUCCAGGACCUUCUUCCAGGAAGCUUUCGAACUGGACAAAGCAAGGUUUUCCAGUGUUUACAUCCUGUCCUUUUGGCAACUGGAAAUAUUGUGGUAAUGACAGGACAUGAUAGUCCAAUGCGUGAGAAGUCACUGAAGAGGGCAGAUAUUUCUCUGAGAAAUAUAUCACUUAUUGGUAUGACCACAGAGGGCUAAACUGACCUCACAAUGCUCACAUCGCUGCAUCAGUGUUGGACAGAAACUUCAAAACAGCUUCUCACUGGACAAAGCAGCAUUGCUGUCCUGUCAUUGUGGAUAUUUGCCAAAGAGGUGAGAGCUUUACAUAUCACCUGUUUAUCUCAGUGGACAUUUGCCUAAAUGCAGAAUGCAGAUCUUCAACAAACAUUGGUAACACUUUACAAUAAGGUUCUAUUUGUUAACAUUAGUUAACAACAUCAGUUAACAUAAACUAACAAUGAACAAUACUUAUACAGCAUUUAUUAAUCUUGGUUAAUGUUAAUUUCAACAUGUUGUAAUACAUUUUUUUAAAUCAAGUUGUGUUUGUUAAAAAAUAUAUUGUUCAUUGUUAGUUCAUGAUACCUAAUGCAUUAACUAAUGUUAAUGAAUGGAACCUUAUUGUUAAGUGUUACCCAAACAUUUCUUGUGUUAAUAUUGUGUAUUUAUAAUUUUCUAAGCAAUUACUUCUGCUACAAACCCAAUGUCAUUUCUUCAGAAUGUGUAAAUGAUUUGUUAAUGCCAUUAUUUAUGUAAUUUUAAAAGGAUAAAAGGGUUUUUGGUCAGCAGAAUCGGUAACACUUUACAAUAAGGUUCCAUUUGUUUACAUUAGAUAACAACAUAGGUUAACAUGAACUAACAAUGAACAAUACUUUUACAGAAUUUAUUAAUCUUAGUUAAUGUCAAUUUCAGCAUAUACAAAAAUAUUUUUUUACAUUUAUAUUAGUUAACAUUUAGUUAAUGUAUUAUGAAUUAACAAUGAACAAUUGUAUUUUUAUUAACUAAUAUUAACAAAGAUUAAUAAAUGCUGUAUACAAUAUAUUAUUCAUUGUCUUUACAUGAUACCUAAUGCAUUAAUUAAUGUUAAAGAAUGGAACCUUAUUGUAAAGUGUUACCGCAAUAUCAGACAUGCUGGUUCUAUUUAAAUUUGUUUGAAGUUUGUUUUGUGUUUGUAGAAAGCUCAGAUGUCUCUAACUGCCCUCCUGUUUUGUCAGUUUGUGAGCUGUAAUUUUCUGAGGUAACGGGGCAUGUGUUCAACUUAUUAACUUGACCAACUAUACAUUUUGUUAACUAUUUAUAUGACAAUUAUUUAUGAUAUUAUUUUCUUUUAUCAACAAUCUUAUACUGAACUCUGAUAUUAUUACACUGUUUCUGAUAAUAGUCAUUUUGGAUCAUUUAGAAGAAUAGUACAAUGAUUUUCUUUGACUCAACAGAAUGUGAAAAGUGCGUAUUUUUUCAAAUGCAUUUACAGGAUGCGCUGUUAGAAAUAUAGUUUUCAGAUAUCACAUUUAAAAUGUAUCUACCUUUUUUCACAUAAGAGGAUGUGAUCUAUAAUUAAUCAACAAAUGUUUUUAUACCUUUUCCCAAGAUAUCAAAGUGGCCCAAAUGUACUUUUUAUCUUUAUUUCUUUGUGGGCACUUUCAUUUUUCAAUCAAAAAUAAAUGUAAGCAAAUCCUUGUUUGAAAGUUAAAUUAUUGAACUAUGAUAAUAAUACAACAAUGUUUUGAUAUUUCCUUAAUCCUACACAUUACGAGAUAUAUGAUGGAUAACAUUUCAGUUAUUAUCUAUUAUACUUUUUAUAAGUAUCCAAUGGAUGUUAAUAGUCUUUUAUUAAUGACUAAUGAACGACUUUUAAUAAUUGCUAUUUCUGGUGCAUGUUUCUUUUGACUUUUUUUGACUUUUAACAGUGGACCCUAUUUCUGUGCCACUGUAAUUAUUCCAUUAAAAAUAGAAUAAUAAUAAUAAUACAAAUAAAACCAUAUAUUUUAUCAAAUAAAAUGGUUAUAGCUCCCAAGACAAGGUUAAGCGUAUGCAAUUUAACAUUUUUAAAUAUUUAUUUCUGGUUGUGAUCAGACGUAUUCUCAUAAUGACAUAAAAAUAACAUGACAUUGCAAUUUAUAAUUGUUGAACUUUUUACAUGGGAGCAAAAUGAAAAUAUGCUGCUUAUUUGUUCCUCUUAGCUUAUUUUCAUAACUUUUAUCCACUUACUGUUUAUAUGCAUUAUAUAGAUUGUAACUUUUUUCUUAAAUACUAAGCUAACCACCCUGCUCUGCAUGCUGUGUAUUACAGAUGUCUCACAUCCUGGUUAAUCACAGGUCAUAACUACCUCUCACAAAAUGUGCAUGUUUAUUCUUCAGAAUCUUCUGAAAAUGAGACUGAACACUGAUGUAUUUAAGAGAAGUCCUGUGUAUACAGUCAAUUGACUUUUUCUAGUAAAUAUACAA